AUGGUGCCGGCGAGGGCGGUAGUGGAGGUGCUCCGGUCUGUUCCCUGGGCAAGGCGGGCCAGGCCGAAGUCGCCGAGGUGGGCCUCGAAAUCGACAUCGAGCAGGACGUUGUUGGGCUUGACGUCGCGGUGGACGACGGUGCCGCCGCACUCCUCGUGGAGGUAA